AUGAUUCCAAUUGUAAUGAUGCUCUGCAUGCACACAUUUGCAAUCCGCAUCGACAGUAUCGACAGGUGUAUGCAAAGCAUAAAUCUGUCCACUUACAAGGCUCUUGAAUCGUUGAUUUCAAAGCAGCAGUAUUCUCUUCUCAGAGUUUCCGAAAUCCCGAAGCCGUCGCCAAAGGCAUCAAAAUGCACGCUUCUUUCAUGCUUGGCCGAAAAACAUUCUGUGCUUGAUGGCGAAUAUGUAAACUUAUUGCAUCAGACUGAGGCAUAUACCGGAUACAAUAGUAAUGCAUCUCAAGUCUGGGAAAUGUUGUGGAUGAUUGCGUCCCAAGAUGCUUUCCUGAAGGUUGCACUUAGCGGCAUCCAGUUCUCCAUCACCACACACCUGUGUGCUUUUCAUAAGCAUUUUUUGCGAUGGUAUGUUCCAAACCCAUUGCUGUUCAUCAAACGAUUCAAAAACAUAUACAGGCUCAAGCUAUACCUGACAUACAUGCUUGUAAGAAAAGCAGUUGGAGCAAUCAGCAUAAACAUGAAUAGCAGCGAGCAUUCUGAAGUAAAGCUUGCUGAGAUAAUAAAAGCAAUAGGCAGCACAGAAAUAAACUGGAGCUACAUGCCUGAAGAUAUCGAUGCGACUGUACGCAGAAUAGAUGAAAUGAUAAAUGCAUUGGCAGGGCUUGGGUGUGAGAGGUGCAGAAUAUGGGGAACUGUCCAGUUCAGAGGAUUACAAGUUGCAUUGAAGAUCAUGUCCGGCGUACAAACUGUGUCUGCAAGGGAAAGAAUGUUUGUUAUGAAUCUUUUCAUGCGUUUAUCAGUAUCCUUGUCAAAUGGCAUAAAGAUGCGAGAAUACACAUCACCACGUGCAAUGAAUUUGCUUCUUCAUUCGAAGGAAAUGGCAUUGCUGGCGACGUCAUAUUCACUGGUGGCGUUUGCAUUGAAGUUGAAGAAGCGGCUCAAAAGGGCAUUCUGA